AUGUCUACAUCGUCAUACCCAUCUUCGAUGACGCACAGUAACACCUUGAUCUCAGAAACAAGCAAAGUGCGAGAACGUGAACAUCUACCAUACUUUGUAAGAAAGACGCCUGCAACGCAGCUGCUAGGAGUUGGUGUCAGAUGCGGAUCCGAGGAGGGAAGCCAGCUGAUUACGCUGACGGUGCGUUGGCUUGAUUCUUCGCUUGACACACAGGAACGAUGGGCACGAAUCAACAAUUCUGUCACUCAUCACGCCACAACAAGUCCUUCCUUACAUGGUAUGCUGAUUUGCGAUGGUCCAUGUCGUGGCAUAGUGGAUUAUACAAAGAUGAUGGAGUAUCCUGACUGUGGGCACAAAAUAUGCAAGAGGUGUCAGUUCAACGAACUCAGCGUACCGAAUGCAGAUGGUUCUCCCGGUUGUUGUGUUCCCACUUGUGUCCGACAAACUUUGAUAAACAGGGUGCCCCUAGGAAAAUAUCGCAAGGAAGCUCGGGAACAUGGUACACCAUUUCUUGGUGUUCAACAAUCUUCACCAACUAACUCUGCGAAUGCAUCAGCUGCGACAGAUUUUUAUGUUCCAAGCAAAAUAAAUCCUACCGAACUUCUUCAUGUGAGAGUUCUCAUUUUGGAAAGGCUGCAAUCACGAAUUGUCAGGCAGAAGCUAGAAAGGGAGCUACCAUCGGACUACAACGUUGAUUAUGUCUUUGACAUCAUCAAAGAACGAAUUGGAUUUACUAACGGAGUCAAGGUGUACUUCACCAAUGCAAGUUCGAUACACGGUCGAGAAGAAUUGAUUCCCCUACCAAAUACUCUGGAAAACGGCAGAAGGACAUUGCUGAGUUUGUCUGGAGGUCGUAGUACCCUUACUUUUGUGGCCACAAAACCAGGUGUGCGCAUAUUCAAGCAAGAGAAAUGA